UUAUGAUUUAUCUUUAUUGCUGUCAAGCAUAAGCGAAAAUCGUCAGAUUUUAACAAUUCAAUUAAAAUAAUAAUAUCCUAAGCUUCUAGGUCUCACUCUUUUGUUGCCAUAUUUGCUUACCUUGCCAAAAUCUUACCUUGAAAAUGCGAAAUUGCGUGUUUUCACGAUCGCCAGCAGCGAAAAUCUUCUCGAGAAGGAACAACGAAGCUUGGCCACCCUUUUGAGCAAGUUUCGAAUACAUUAUUCAGAGGUUUAUGCUAUCCCCAGGAUAACGAAAAGGCCGUCACAGAAAAUUACUAUGCCCGUGCCGCGUCGUGGAAUAUGUUGCGACUCCUUGUACAUGGUCUGGCUAGAUCUACUUUCGAACGAUUUGCCACCGGUGCUUCUUGUACGUGGAAAUCAGCAAUCCGUUCUUACGUUUUACACCUAGCU